AUGGAGAUUUUGGAUAUAACGGAGGCAAAUUUCGUGGUGGAUGAUGACAUUCUCGACUUCACUUUGGAUGAUGAAAAUGAAGAAACAAAAACCAGUUUUAAAGCCCCUUCUGGUUCUUCUUUGUCUUCCUUGAAAUCAUCGAACCUAUCAACCGUCAUUAACUCUGAGAUUCAAACCAGUUCAUUUCCUGAAUAUCAGGAGGAAGAAUUGGAGUGGUUGUCAAACAAGGAAGCAUUCCCUGAGGUGGAGACUUGCUUUGGUAUUUUAUGCAACGAUCCCAAAUUUAUGUUGAACCAUCCAAGCCCAGUAUCGGUGCUUGAGAACAGUAGCAGCAGUAUUAAAAAUUCGAUUUAUAAUAACAGUGGCAGUACCGUUGUAAGCUGUUGCGGCAACCUCAAAGUCCCUAAAAAUUACCCAGUUCGUGCACGGAGCAACAAAAGGAGAAAAAGAGUAGCCUUGGGCAAUAUGACUAGCCAGCAAUGCUUGUGGUUGGACCAAGUGAACGUUGAGAAAAGCAGGCAAGAAUCACCAGUGGCAUUGCCACCCUCACCAAUGACGACAAAUAAUGGUGCUACUAUGAGGAGGAGGUGCCAGCAUUGCCAAGUUGACAAAACCCCACAGUGGCGGGCUGGACCCAUGGGGCCGAAGACGCUUUGCAACGCUUGUGGGGUUCGAUACAAGUCUGGUCGCCUCUUCCCUGAGUACCGUCCUGCGAGUAGUCCGAUGUUCUCAAGCGCCUUGCACUCAAAUUCUCAUAGAAAGGUGAUUGAGAUGAGAAGGCAGAAGCAGCUAUCAACGGGAGGGUUUAUUACAGUGAGUGAGGCUUGUGUAUAUAGGGGGUAG